CCUCCUGGUGGUCUUGUGAUGGAUGAUUGUUUAUAAUUGAUACUACCUCCAUGCAUAUAUAGUUUCCCAUGCAAUUCCAGCCAUUACUAACAAAAAUGUUUAUGGUUACAUUUUAUGGAACACAGGUAAUCAUCAACUAGAAGGCUUUGAUACGCUUGCUAUGAUCAGUGAGGUUGGUCAGAAGUCAUAGCAUGAAGGAAAUCCAGGACACAAAGAUGGAGCUAGUUUUGUUCAAAUCUACACAGCUAAUGAGACUUGGAGCUCCUCUCCGUGCUGACAUGAUGACCGUGUGCAGGCCGACCAAAGGCACCCACAGCCAGACUGAAAACCUGAGCUUCAAACUGGCUGACAAGGUCCAGGUGGAAGGCCCAAAGGCUGGGGAAGAUCUCCAAAGGCAGCCCUGUCGGUCCUCCAGUCCUUUCCUAAAGACGGAUCAGGACUCACCCCUCCAAAGAAGCCCGUUGGAAAACCUCAAUAACCUGAAGCUAAAGUUAAGAGUAGACUGUUUUCAGCAGAACAUGUUCAACUCAAAUAUGAUCAUCAGUGACCCAGCUUCAGGUCUCAAUGCUAAAGAAGCCAGCAAGGCUGGCAGGAGGCAGCUCAGUGGAGUUCAGAACCUCUGCCCUCCUGCCCGAGGCAGGGCCGGGCACAAGUCCCUCAGCAUAAAGGACAAGAUAUCGGAAUGGGAAGGGAAAAGGGAGUUGCCCACUCCUGCACCCAGCAGGAAAGCAGAUGGGCAAGAGGAUUACCUGACAUCCUGCGUGACGGACAGGAGAUGUGAUGAUGGUGUGAUGACUCAGUUCACAGCAGCUGAGAACGGAACGAGGCCGGAAAGAGAGAGCAAAGAGAACGAGAGGAACAAGGAGGUAGUGGAAGUCGUGGGACAGAAUGCGGAGCGGAGGCUAGACAUAAGCCAGCCAGCCAGGGAGCUGUCUCCGAGCAUGGGCAAAGGCCUAGAGCUGAGGCUUAGCAAACAGCGCUUUCAGAACGAUAGCCUCUCUGUGCUGGUGCAGGUCAAGAAACUUGAGCAGGCUCUGAAGGAUGGUGUGGCAGGAUUGGAUCUCCAGUUACCAGGGACUUGUUAUUCCCCCCACUGUGUGCCGGACAAGGAGGGGCCGAGCCUCACAGCGAACCGUGGAUGUGGGAGUGGCUCAGAAUUCAGGUCCCACCACUUGGACCUGGAAGCCAGGCAGCCCACCCCCGAGGUUGCAGAGGAAUGGAGAGGCUCCUACGGGAAAGCCUGUGAUCAGAGCCUGGAGAGUGUAUACAGAGGCUCCUCCUCCAAACACUUCAUCAACCCCCUGCCCAAACCCCGGAGAACGUUCAUGCAUGAUGGAGAAGGGGACAAGGAUGGGAGCCCGGGCAUAAGCUUCAGGAAAGAUCGCAGGAACCUGCCUCCUCUGCCCACUCUUCCUCCCCCACCCCUGCCCUCCUCUCCACCACCUCCCUCUGUGAACAGAAGACUGUGGAAUGGGAGACCGAAGCCCAGUGCUGACCACAGAAAGUCCUAUGAGUUUGAAGAUUUACUGCAGUCUUCCUCUGAGAACAGCAGGGUCGACUGGUAUGCACAGACUAAGCUGGGGCUCACAUGCACUUUAUCAGAGGAGAACGUCUAUGAAGACAUUCUAGACCUGCCAACGAAAGAAAACCCUUAUGAGGACAUUGACUUACAUGGUCGCUGCCUGGGAAAGAAAUGUGUCCUGAAUUUUCCUGGUUCUUCUGCCUCUUCAAUCUCUGACACAUCCACCAAGUUAUUGUCCAAACCUGCUUUUUUCCGGCAAAAUUCAGACAGGAGGAACUUCAAACUGCUGGACACUAGGAAGCUGAGUCGGGAUGGAAUGGGGUCCCCUUCCAGAAUCAGCCCCCCCUCCACUCCCAGCAGCCCUGACGACACUUUCUUUAACCUUGGAGACCUGCCAAAUGGCAGGAAGAAGAGAAAGAUACCCAAGCUGGUGUUGCGAAUCAAUGCCAUUUAUGAGGCCCGAAGAGGAAAGAAACGAGUGAAGAGGCUGUCCCAGUCAACAGAGAGCAACUCAGGAAAAGUGACAGAUGAGAACAGUGAAUCUGACAGUGACACCGAGGAGAAGCUGAAAGCUCAUAGCCGACGCCUGGUCAAUGUGAAGUCCCGCCUGAAGCAGGCUCCAAGAUACUCAUCACUUGACCGAGAGCUUAUCGAGUACCAGGAGAGGCAGCUCUUCGAGUACUUUGUAGUCGUGUCAUUGCACAAGAAGCAGGCAGGGGCCUCCUACGUGCCAGAACUCACCCAGCAGUUCCCGCUGAAGCUGGAAAGGUCUUUCAAGUUCAUGAGAGAGGCUGAGGACCAGCUGAAGGCCAUCCCCCAGUUCUGUUUCCCCGAUGCCAAGGAUUGGACUCCCGUCCAGCAGUUUACUAGUGAAACAUUCUCAUUUGUCUUAACUGGAGAAGACGGAGGCAGAAGGUUCGGUUACUGCCGAAGACUGCUGCCUGGUGGCAAAGGGAAGCGUCUCCCUGAAGUUUACUGCAUCGUGAGCCGCCUGGGAUGCUUCAGCCUCUUUUCAAAGGUGAGGAAUUGGGCCUCAGAGAAAGGAGGCAGGGCCCAGAAGGACACAGGAAACCCCCAACUUCCGAUCUUGGAUGAGGUGGAAAAACGCCGAGGCAUCUCUCCUGCCCUGGUACAGCCCCUCAUGAGGAGUGUCAUGGAAGCCCCUUUCCCAGCCUUGGGCAAAACCAUCAUUGUCAAGAACUUCCUGCCAGGAACGGGAACUGAGGUGAUUGAACUGUGCCGCCCGCUGGACUCCCGGCUCGAACAUGUGGACUUUGAGUCCCUCUUCUCGUCUCUCAGCAUCCGCCACCUGCUCUGUGUUUUUGCCUCCCUGCUUCUGGAAAGGAGGGUCAUCUUCAUCGCAGACAAGCUCAGCACGCUGUCCAAGUGCUGCCAUGCCAUGGUGGCCAUCACCUACCCCUUCACCUGGCAACACACCUACAUCCCCGUGCUGCCGCCAGCCAUGGUCGACAUCGUGUGCUCGCCAACGCCCUUCCUCAUCGGGCUGCUCACCAGCUCACUGCCGCUGCUCAGGGAGCUGCCCCUGGAAGAGGUCCUUGUAGUCGACCUUGUCAACAAUCGGUUCCUCAGACAGAUGGACGACGAGGAUUCCAUCCUGCCACGGAAGCUUCAGGUGGCCCUGGAACACAUUCUGGAGCAGAGAAAUGACCUGGCCAGUGACCAGGAUGAAGGGCCCCCCGACUGCAAGCACGGCCCUGAGUCCAGCCCCUUGAACCAGGUGGUGUCUGAAGCCUUUGUCCGCUUCUUCGUGGAGAUCGUGGGCCAUUACUCCUUGUUCCUGACGGUGGGCGACCGUGAGGAGAGGACCCUGCAGCGAGAGGCCUUCCGCAAAGCCGUCUCCUCCAAGAGCCUGCGCCGCUUCCUGGAGGUUUUCAUGGAGACCCAGAUGUUCCGGGGCUUCAUCCAGGAGCGAGAGCUGCGUCGACAGGAUGCCAAAGGUCUGUUUGAGGUCCGAGCCCAAGAGUACCUGGAGACACUCCCCAGUGGAGAGCACAGUGGUGUCAACAAGUUCCUGAAGGGACUAGGCAAUAAAAUGAAGUUUCUCCACAAGAAAUAACCCUCAGCCUGGACUCGAAGGAAAAGUUCCUCCCAGAGCAACCACGUGUUUAAAGACAGUCCUGGUGGCCUUUCUGAAACGUCGUCCCCCGUCAUCUCAGCUCUGCUGGGUCAAGGCCAGGGUGGAUUCCGGCCACUACUGGGUUGUCCCCAGGCCCCGGGUUCCCAGAGCUGCCCAGCAGGUGCUGCUGCUUCAGAACACCCCGGAAAGGGAACCUGAGACCAGGCUUGUUGCCGACAUUCAGAUGGAUUGUUUUGGUUGCUGGUUUUGGGAUUUUUAAUUUUUUUAAAUCUUAGAUAUUAAAAAAAAGAAAAAUGUUUGGGCUUUCUUUUUAUUAUGCCAGGGCUAAGAAAACUAUCCUGCCCUGUGUCAUCUUUCCCUGGCUCACCCUGCCUGGCAUUCCUCCUCUAGGCCAAAAUGGGGACAAAUGCGGGUGUUAGGGAGAUGCUGUGGUGACUCCUACAGAUGCUGGACCCAAAGGUUCAGGGCAGAGCCCUCGGGGAAAGGAUUGGCCCUUCUGUGGAGGAGUCAGAUCUGGGCUCCAAGGAUUUUGACUUCCCGGGAGAAGCUGCACCCAGAGUGGCCAGUGAUGCCACCUGGUGGCCGAGGCCAUUGCUGUUGGGCCUCCAGCUCCUCUCCCAAAGGGGUCUGACUUCUGGGCCGCCCGCCUCUUCUCUUUUCUCUUAAAAGCCUUAGCACCGUCCACUGCCCAAGACGAGCCGUCCAUGACUUUUGAGGUACACACAAAGAGAGGAAAUCGUAAGAUCUAUUAAUAAAACGUUCUUAGGGUCCCAAAGUUUAUGAUCAUAAAGUAUCAUGGAGCACACCCUAUACCACAUAAAGCCACGGCUUUGACCCUACUUCCAUUUAUACUGUAUGAAAUAGUCCCAUCUCAUUGUAAGGACCCAGAUCAGCAGAGAUGAAAUGGUGGGUGGAUAAAUGAAGGGACCUUUGUAAAGGAGAGCGAGCAUCAAAGUUUGGAGACAGCUUCGUGAGACUUGUGAGGCCAUCAAGGCAGCUUGCCCUCCUGCAGAGGACCCAGCGGGGUGGGCAGCACAGGCAAGUUCUCAAAGCAGGCGUUGGCACCACCGCGGCCACCCGCCGCCCACCCACCACUGCGCACCCUCCAGUGCAUCCCCUCUGGAUGGCACCAGCAACCACGACAGAACACACAAAAGAUGUGCUCUGAUCAUGGCAAUGGCCCUGGCCUAUGCUGCCUGGCAGAGGCCCUUAGCCUUUAGGGUGCUGGGAGCAAGAGGCCUUCUGAGGAAAGAAAAGAACAAGAAAAAAAGGAGGAGGUUGACUUCUCAUUCCACAUUAGGGAUUCUUACCUGGAGUCAUGGACCAUCUCUCCAAAUUAUAUCCAAGAUUUGGUGUGCCCAUUCAUUUUCCAGGGGAGAGGAUGCAUGGCUUAUAUCAGAUUCAUAAAAGGUUCCCAGGAGCCCCACACUGAUAGGAGCCAGGCUGCGCAUAACAAUUAGCCUGGGUAGGUGUGUGCUCUGGGGCUUGGGGGGAAGACUGAAUGAGAAUCUCUGAGUGUGGGGGCUCAGGAAUUGUAUCUAACAAGCUCCUCAGAUUCGUUAACUUUAUUAAUACCAAUAUUCUGCCCAGAGAUGAUCAUUUUUAAUAUUUUGGAAUAUACUUUCUUUUCUAACUUAUUUUAUAUUAUAUUGUUUACUUAACACCGCCAAGUGAAUAAACAUACCUUUUAUCAAUA